GUAGAGGUACGCACCAGCGAGAAGAAGUACUACUGGAAUGCCACAAAAGACGACGUGCUUUGGGAACCUCCGCCCAAUGUAAGGGUCAUCUGGGCAGCAGAGAAGCUGCCUGGCACUAGCAAGACUUACUACUGGAACAAGGAGACGAACGAGAGUGUUUGGACGCUCCCUUCCCAAUCUCGGAACCAAGCUCUAGGCCCAUGCGUGCCGGGCCCUUGUGGCCCUGGGCCCUGCGGCCCUGGGCCUUGUGGUCCUCCGCGACAGGCUGCGCCCAGCGUUGGGCCAGGCCCAUGUGCUCCUUGCCCUUGCGGCCCAUGUGGGCCUGCGUCUGGACCGUGUGGUCCUCGACCUUGUGGGCCCUGUGGGCCCUGUGGCCCUUGCGGUCCUUGCGGGCCUUGUGGGGGCUGCCAACUUAGUCCUUGUUUGCCUGGUGGUCCUUGUGGGCAUGGCCCCGUGCCGCCGAAACCAGCUGGGCCGCCCUUCGGACAAGGCCCCUGCGCGUCGGCAGAAUACAGAGUAUCGCCCACGGUUGGAAGCACUCGGACGCGGCCUGAGAGCUGGGCAGACGUCCGUGAUGGGCCGAUCAUGGACCGGCUGGAAGAUUAUGCGCCAGAGCAGUCAGCAGGGCAAAGGAUCCUGGGCUCCUUGGCGAAGUUUGGUGGUGCAGCGGAACCACCGUCUGAAGGUCCUGGUUGGUGGGCUUCCGAGGACUAUGACAAUUGGUGGGGUCAAUGUCGUGCAAGGUUCCUGCACGAAGUUCAAGCGGUCAGAGGCGUUGCCAAAGCGGGGAAGCUUGUUUGGGAGAUGCUGCCACAAGACGUGGACCUCUCAAAGCUGGCGGUGCUCGAAGUUGAGGCAUCUGUAAAUGCUGCGUCCAUCUUUCCGGCUGACUUCUGUAUCGCCGGUGCGGACCCCGAAGGUUUGCCUGCCGCGGCACAUGUCACGCCAGGUUACCUGGUGGCGGCCUUCGCAGACACGCCGUAUGAUGCGUCAGAUGCGCUUUGGACGUUGAGCCGAUGUUGGUGGUCGCUAAUCAAGGCAACAACCAGCCUGGUUACCCUGGUCUUCAUCACGGCCUUGGGUGGAAGCGGAGAGGCGGCAGAUGCCGGAGAGGAGAACAGCUACCUGGAGUUGCACCGCCAGUGUUUGAUGCAGUCCCCUGCACCUCUGAUCUUUGCUGCCCAGCGCGUUGCUGGAGGCAGCAGAAGACCCCGCCUGCUUGGUGGCUGGAACGUUUCCAAGUCGCAGAGAGACAAGGCCACGGAGUGGUUGAACCCACGAGAAUGGGGAUGGAACGGAGGAGGCGGCGAAGGUGGCUGGAACCACCAGGGCGCGCCUCGAGGCAGAAGGAAGCGGGAUGGCUACGAUGGAUAUGAGCAGGCCUGGCCUGAAGAAGACUGGUCUCAGUGGGACGGUGAGACAGAGGACCACUUACUGGAGAGCGUCCAGGAGUUUCUGUCGACAGGUCCCAAAGAGGUUCAGGAGUUGGCCUCCAUGUUCGCCGGCCGCUUCAACGCAGUGGUCCGAGCUGAUCCUCGGAGUGGCUACAGCCAUGAAAGAAAAAACGAUGGUAGUUUCAAAAAGUGGCUACUUGGUGCCGGCUUCGAGGCGAGCGCACUCUUCGACCGGAACAAGUGCCUUAUUUCAUUGCCGUAUUCAAAGCGGACUACCCGUGGCACCAGAGGUGGGAGGAAGAACCGUGGUGGUGACCGGGGAGGUGCAGAGCACAUCGAUGCGGAGCAGGAUUACUUCGAUGCUCCGCAGGGAAUGUAUUCGCGUCAGCUUGCCAGUUUAUAUCUGGGCCAGAGCGACUUGAUUCCCAAAGAGUCCCUCGACUCAGCGCCAGGUGAGGGACCCGGCAGAAGAGGGCCUGGCCCACCAUCGAAGUGGUGA